AUGGACAGCGCGGGAGUUAGGAAGGAAUUCGUUCGUCCGCGCGCGGCUCGCCUCCACAGCGACGCGCGCGCGAGGGACGUCGUCCGGACGAACGCGCGUAAACGUGACCAUGUCGCGCAUGACGCAUCACGCGAACGGGACGGUGACGCGCGAGCCGAACGGCUCCGUGCAGGUCAUCUUCGGUGCGUCUCUCUCCCCGCCGAAUACGAAUCUCGAAUCCCCAGCUUGGCAACCAACCCCUCCCCGCGCGCGUCUGAAUCUGACGUCCCCGCGUCCCCGUCCGCGCCUGACCGAUCCCCGCGCGUCCCGACUCCCGCCAUCACGACAGGCCCGAUGUUCUCCGGGAAAUCCACCGAGCUCGCGCGACGGAUACGCCGACACAAGGUCGCGAAUCGCUCGUGCCUCGUCGUGAAGUACGCGAAGGACACGCGGUACGAAUCCGAACCGGGGACCGCGGAGGCGGGGACGGACGGCGUCGACGACUUGCGCGGGUGCAUGAUAACGCACGACCGACAGGCGUUAGUCGCAUACCCCACACAUCUGCUCGCGGACGUGGACAACGUCGCGCACUCGUUCGACGUCAUCGGCGUGGACGAAGGGCAGUUCUUCCCGGACGUCGUCGCGUUCUGCGAAAAGUGGGCCAACGAGGGGAAAACCGUCAUCGUCGCCGCGCUGGACGGCGACUUCAAGCGGACGCCGUUCGGCGCCGUCCUCGGCCUCGUCCCGAUCGCGGAGGACGUCACAAAACUCAGCGCAGUGUGCCACGGCUGCGGCGGCGACGCGGCGUUCACCGCGCGCGCGGGCGCCGUCGCGACGGAUGAAGUCGAGCUCAUCGGCGGGAGCGACUUGGGGUACAGCGCGUCUUGCCGCGCGUGCUUCGCGUCCGGCGCCGCCGCCGCGCAGGCGGGGAAGUCGCCCAUCGGGAAGGCGGCGAAACAAAAACAACUACAACAACCAUCGUCGACGCCGUCGCGGCCGCCGUCGUCCGCGUCGUCCGCGGAACGCGCGCGCGCGAAGAAGCGCGCGUCCGUGGACGGCACCCCCGCGGCGGCGGCGGUGACGGAGGCGCGCGCGGCGGCGGCGACGCCGUCCACCGCGACGCCGUCCGCGGCCGAGCAGCCCGUCGCGUCCACGCCGGCGAUGCGGGACGUGGGCGAGCGCAUGCGACUCCUCACGAUGGACUCCCCGUCGACGCCGGCGGACUCUGGCUACACUCCCGUCGCGGCGCGCGGGACGCGCGGCCGAACGAAAAUGGGCGCCGCCGCGUUGAACGCGGUCGCGGGGGUGGAAAACCCCAUGGGCGGCGGCGGGAAGCGGCUCGCGCGCGGCGCGGGUGGGCCAGGGCGGUCGCCGUACAACGAGCUCGCGAGUCGCGGCAUGGGCGCGGUGGUUCGUUCGCCGCUGUCGAGCGUCCGGUGA